UGACAAAUCAGAAAAGAAGUCGAUCAUUACAGAUGGUGUGAUAAGAGCGACAGGGCAACCAAUGCCCUGUGUGUCACCAUGAAACACUUUCAUGGAGGAAGAGAAAGUGUUUGUUUGCUCUGACACUGUGAAACCUUACCUACAGACAACUUCCUGCUUACAGUAUGGUAUCAUGAAAACACGUUGUGGAGUAGUGAGAGGUUAGAACCAACCCUUACCCUUUAAACCACAAAAACUCACUAACUACUCACCCAUUGGAUGAUAAAGCUGUCAUUCAUGGGUUGAGGGGGCGGGAAGAAAGGUUUUAAGUCCUUAUGUCACAGUCACAUGGAUUCUCAUGCGGUAGAGACGCGAGGCAGAGGGAGGCACAGCAGCGCUCCCAUCAGUCAGCAGCACAACACUUACGUCCCAGCCUGCACACGCUCUUGAGGCGAGGAUAUUGACGGUCCUCUGCAUGGCCACAGAGCCUCAGGAUGUAUUUAAUGAUCACAGCCAUGAAAGCUCAGAUUGAGAGUAUUCCCUGUAAAAUCUGCGGAGAUAAAUCAUCAGGGAUUCACUAUGGUGUUAUCACCUGUGAGGGAUGCAAGGGUUUCUUCAGGAGGAGUCAGCAGGGCACUGUGUCAUAUUCAUGUCCUCGGCAGAAGAGCUGUCUGAUCGACCGUACCAGCAGAAACCGCUGCCAGCACUGUCGCCUGCAGAAAUGCUUGGCAGUGGGCAUGUCAAGAGAUGCUGUGAAGUUCGGCCGGAUGUCUAAGAAGCAGAGGGACAGUCUGUUCGCAGAGGUUCAGAAACACCGUCAACAGCAGCAGGAGGAGAAGGCGGGUGAUGAGACGGAGAAGGGGCGGGAACCUCAACCUCCUGGAGAGGCGGAGCCACUCACGCCCUCUUACGCCCUGUCCACCAAUGGCGUCACAGAACUCCCCAAUGACCUCAGUGGAUACAUGAACGGUCAAACCCCAGAGGAGAGAAAGGCGGAUUCAGCGAUUGGUGGAUUUUACCUGGACAUUCAGCCCUCUCCAGACCAGUCAGGUCUAGACAUGGACGGCAUCAAACUAGAACCAGUGUGCGACCUCAGCCCAGACUCGGGCUUAGAUCAGUAUUGUUGCUAUAGCAGCGGAGAAUCUUCACCUCCUGACAAUGACCUAGAACAUCUGUCAGAGAACAUCUGCAAGUCUCACAUGGAGACGUGCCAGUAUCUUCGGGAAGAGCUACAGCCCAGCAACUGGCAGACAGUUUUACAGACCGACCUGGACGCGUACCAAAAGAAGUCUCAGGAGGACAUGUGGCAGCUGUGUGCGGUUAAAGUCACUGAAGCUGUGCAGUAUGUGGUUGAGUUUGCCAAGCGCAUUGAUGGAUUCAUGGAGCUGUGUCAGAACGAUCAGAUCGUGCUGCUCAAAGCAGGUUCUUUAGAAGUUGUGUUCGUGAGGAUGUGUCGGGCGUAUAACUCCCAGAACAACACUGUCUUUUUUGACAGCAGAUAUGCUGGGCCUGAAGUCUUCAAAGCAUUGGGCUGUGAUGAACUUAUCAGCUCAGUGUUUGAGUUUGCGAAGAGCCUGACCUCUCUACAGCUCAGUGAAGAUGAGAUUGGCCUGUUUUCAGCAUACGUGCUGAUGUCUGCAGAUCGUUCCUGGCUGCAGGAGAAGACCAGAGUGGAGAAACUCCAGCAGAAGAUCAAGACUGCCCUCCAGAACCUCUUUCAGAACAACCAGAGAGAUGAGGGAAUUCUCGCAAAGCUUAUCUGUACAGUGUCCACCGUUCGGAUGUUAUGCCGUCACCAUAUGGAGAAACUGAACACAUUCAGAGCUCUUUACCCAGAGACGGUCCGCACACGCUUCCCUCCGCUCUAUAAGGAGCUGUUUGGCUCCGAAUUUGAGCAGGUUCUGCCUCAGGAGGCCUGAUAGAGACUUAUCCUAAUACUGCACAGAUUCAGAAAAUAGAGAUGGAAAGAUAAUACUAACAUGCUGACACGAACUCUAAGCUCACUUCAGCCUCAGUUCACGUACACUUCAUUCUCACAAAGCUCUUCUCGGAGUCCAGCUACACUUUGAACUUGCCCCACUGGUCGUGCACCAGAAGGCUGGCGGUCUGAGGAAGAGGAAACUUCAGAUGCAAGAAAAAAACAAACAAAAAAAAACGAUUGAUGUCUUGUAAUAUGCCUCAGAGCGUUCCUCCAUGCCACAGCUUUAUCUUUGAGCCUCCUGUUCUGACUGCAUGAAAUCUCAGUGGAAACGCCCAUUGCAUUUGACAGCCCCAGCAGCGCCCUCUACUGGCCGUAGACAGUCAUAGGCGUCUGACUGGGGUAGACGAAGACAGGAAAUGACCGUCUGGGGCUGAAAUCCCUGUCUUCUCUCUCCGGUGCCACAAUGAACAGCCCACGUUGGUGCUAACAUCCCAGCACUGCCCUUUACUGGCCUCUUCCAGUAUAUACAAAUUCAGCAGGGACAUCAUUUGGCGAAACCACUGCCCCAGGAGAAGACAUUGGACAAGGCGUGACAUGGGACUCAAACAAUGAGACCUGAAUCACUAUCAUACUGAAACUUUUCGGAUCAAAUGGCACAUUCGGAGGCAGUGAGCUCAAAAACUUGCAUAUAUACUUGUUAUAUGGUUAGUUAAAUCAUGCAAUGUAUGAUGUACAGAACCUAACGAAAGGUAGCACUUUGUGUUUUUCCCAGCAAUAAACGAGUUCAAAUUAAUUAGUCGAAAAAGCCUGAAGGAACAUGCUGUUAUUUUAGAUCUGUGAGAUCUGAAAUACUUGUUUGUGUUUUGUUCAAUCUCGGUCUUUUAAAGCCAGCUCGCGUUGUUGUGUAGAUGGCGGUGUGAUGCCCUGUUGUGCCAUAGUGAUCCUGUAAUCAGAUUUCUGUCAAAGUGAGCGAUGAUUGACAGAUCAGGGGCAUGCGCUGACAUUCCAGAGGAUCUAGCGGUUUGUAUUAAAUGUCAUGGGGAUGGAGGUGGUUGGCGUUGUUCCUAACGGACCCUUUUUGAGAUAACGUCUAGACGUCUUUUGCACCUAGUAAUGCAGCUCAUCAGGGAAGAGGAGAGAAUAAAAAUGGUCGCUUAUUUUUUUCUUUCUUUAAUUUGCAGCUGUGUACACAGGCUUGUUUUUUUAAAAGAUGUUGGAUCUUUUUGUCAGCUUUUUUGUGUCCCUUCAACACACGCAUUUGAAUGCAUUUAGCACACAGCGUACAUACAAGGACAAGCAAUAACCUUAGUGGAGAUGUUCCGAUCUGACAUCUCUGUUUAAUGUUUUUUUGUAAGGGCUGGCACUGCUUUACCUGUACUUGUUCGUAGCUGUUCCGUGAAAGACAAUCCAUCAAUUAUCUGACCUCAUUACAAGGGUAUUUUGGGACUGCUCAGGGAAACUAUUGUUUUAUAGUUGAGGAGGAGAGUGAACGUGUCAGAAACUGCAAGGAGACGGCGUUAUAGUUAAGGUUGAUUGAAAAAAAAAAAA